AUGCGGCUAAACAGCGCCUCCAUCCGCAGCUUCUCUCCUGUCCUCUUCUUCCUGGUAAUGCCGCCUCAUCGUGGCAAUCGCAAGACGAUCGCAGACUUACUGUGCCAGUUUCCGGGCUGCGGGAGGGCAUUCAAAACUGCCUUUGGCCUCACUCGCCACGUUCAUGCUUAUCAUGACAAUCCAACUCAUGACAACGCAAAUGUGGGCGCCUCCCUCCAUCCACCCAUCGACGCUCCAGCCACAGAUAUUGCGCGGGACAGCCCUAUGCCCGACUGGGAGCCUCUUGCCCGUGCUGCGAGUCCCUCAGAAGCCUCACAAUCGGACGUGGCGUCUCAGAACUCUCCAGGCUGGCGGCGCAUUCAUCACCCGUUUCUCACCGCUCGUCCUUGUGAUGAAGAUGGUGUCUAUCUUCCAGAGGGAGCAAAGCCGCGGCCGCAAUGCGAGUUGGCGCCGGACGAGUGGGAUCCCUAUGAAACCGAGGUCCAAUUUCGGCUGGCGGACUUUGCUUUUCGAAAAGCACAGAUUUCAGGCUCGAAUAUCGACGAGUUAAUGGAAAUUUGGGCCCUCGACAAGCUCAAGUCUGACGAGCUGGCCCCGUUUGCCAAUGCCGAUCAUCUCUACGAAACCAUCGACGCAACGACGCUGGGAGAUGCGCCAUGGAAAUGUCUUGUCACUGAUCCCGUCUCCACCGCCGCCAGUGCUCCCGAAUGGGCCCGGCGUUCAUACGAGAUUUGGUAUCGUGACCCGGAGGUCGUUGUCAAAAACCUCCUUGACAAUCCGGACUUCGAUGGACUCUUUGAUUACUCCGCAUAUGUGUCAGGGGAAACCCUGAUGCCGUCACUUGAUCCCAUCAAGCGCCGCGUCUCCGCUCACGUCUCCGCGUCUCCACUUGCGUCUCUGUGUCUCCACCCGAGUCUCUGUAUUCCUGCACCCUGA